UUUGUACCAUAUCGGCUCCCGUACAGAGGUGACGACGCUAACAGGAGUUGUGGAUAGUUGGAAGUCACGCUGGAACUGGACCGACUCUACUGAAACUUUGAACUUUAAAUCCUCGUGCUGGUCCAAAAAUGUCCUGGUUUCUUUUGUUGCUGUCGUCGACAGUGUUGGCCUGCAGGGCUGCAGUCUGUCCGUGUGAGAGACCGGAGCUCUGUCUGCACAUCCGACAGGAGAGAGACUUUGAGGUUUUUGUGUUCGAUGUGGGUGGAAAGGCAUGGAAGUCCUACAACUGGAGCAUGGUGACAACAGUGGCAACGUUUGGAAAAUAUGACCCUGAACUCAUGUGUUACGCUCACUCUAAAGGAGCACGGGUUGUACUCAAAGGUGACAUUCCCCUGUCCUACAUUGUGGACCAAGAGAACAGGACAGCGUGGAUAACAGAGAAGGUCAACUUGGCCAAGAGUCAGUUUAUGGAUGGGAUCAACCUUGACAUUGAACAGUCAGUGGAGGAGGGCUCACCUGAGUAUUAUGCUCUGACAGAUCUGGUGAAAGAGACCACGGAGGCCUUCCACAGGGAGUUACCAGGUUCACAGGUCUCAUUUGAUGUUGCCUGGUCACCAAAAUGCAUCGACAAGCGCUGCUACGAUUACGUAGCCAUUGCUGAAUCCUGCGACCUGCUGUUUGUGAUGUCCUAUGAUGAACAGAGUCAGAUCAUGGGCGACUGUAUUGCAAUGGCAAAUGCCCCUCUCUCUCAGACACUGAAUGGGUAUGACCAAUAUUUGAAUCUGAGGAUCGAUCGAAAGAAGCUGGUGAUGGGAGUGCCAUGGUACGGAUAUGACUACCCAUGUGUCAACCACACCCAAGAGGGAACAUGUUAUAUAGCCAAAGUUCCUUUCCGUGGAGCCCCCUGCAGUGAUGCAGCUGGAAAGCAGAAAACAUACAAGUGGAUCAUGAAGCAGGUCAACAUCUCACUGUCUGGCAGGCUCUGGGAUAAUGAGCAGAAGGCUCCUUUCUUCAACUACAAGGACGACAAAGGACAAAUUCAUCAGGUUUGGUAUGAUGACCCACAGAGUAUUUGUCCAAAGGCAGACUAUGUGACAUCUAAAGGUUUGAGGGGCAUUGGCAUGUGGAAUGGCAACAUCUUGGACUACAGCGAUGAGCCUGUCGCCAGGCAGCAGACGGCGAUGAUGUGGAAUGCUCUCCUAGGAUGCUAGCUGGGAUACGGUUAACACUGCUGCAGAAAUUUACAUUACUGUUCAGCCUGCCAUUUGUUGCUAAGUCAAUAUAUCCCUCUGUAGCGGUAAUGGGGUGAGACUUCUCUCUGAGUUCAGGGACGCAUACUUGCACUUCAGGGUUGAUUGUGGCUUUUAUUGCUGUUGUCUUUAAAUGUAGUUAACGUCUCAGACAUUCCUCUGUGCUAACAGAAGCAACUGUCAUUCUACAACCAAUCAUUGUAACGUGACGGGCACAAACAGUGUUUUUGAUUGAGCUUACUGAGAUCUGUGCACUUUAAAUUUUUAAGAAUAAAACAUUUUCUGAAGCAUUUAAA